UCAACAAAUGUGUUUGGUUUGUGAUUUCAGCAAAAGAAUUUUGAUACGUAAUUAAAUAAAUAAUGUGAAAUUAACUAAUAUAAAUAAAUAAGCACAAAUUGUCAAUGUUCGACACACAAAAAUAUGAAUUAUGAUUAUGCACACCCCAAAAUUUGUCUAUUUACUAGUCAUUAUUAUUGUUGGAAGUCUGAUUAUUACUUAUUUCGAAAUACAAUAUGCAACUCUACAGGAUAAACUGCUGCUUCUAGAGCACAGUUUACAACAAAGACAUGACCAACAAAAAUCAGUACUUAACUCAAGAACCAACAACCUGUCAUCAGAAUUAUGGACUGAUUUGGUGUUAAUUUACAAUAGGGUGCCGAAAACUGGAUCUACAAGUUUCGUGGGUGUGGCAUAUGAUUUGUGUAAGAGUAACAAGUACCAUGUUCUGCACGUAAACAUAACUGCCAACAGCCAUAUCCUAUCGCUGGACAAUCAAAUCAAGUUUGUUAGGAAUGUUACCAAUUGGAAUGCCAUUAAGCCUGCAUUGUAUCAUGGCCACUUUGCUUAUGUAGAUUUUACAAAGUUUGGUGCACCAAAACCACUGUACAUUAACAUUCUUAGAAAGCCUUUAGACAGGUUCAUUUCUUAUUAUUAUUUUGUCAGAUAUGGAGAUAAUUUUAGACCAUAUUUGGUUAGAAGAAAACAUGGCAAUACUAUGUCUUUCGAUGAAUGCGUGUCAAAAGGUUUACCGGACUGCGACCCGAACCAAAUGUGGCUACAGAUUCCCUUUUUCUGUGGUCAUUCCGCAAAUUGCUGGAAACCAGGCAAUAAAUGGGCUUUGACCGAAGCCAAGAAAAACCUGGUCAACAAUUAUUUAUUGGUAGGUGUUACUGAAGAACUGAACGAUUUCAUCGACAUUCUCGAACACACAUUGCCAAGCAUAUUUAUCGGAGCGUCCUACCACUAUUUACACAGCAAUAAAUCGCAUCUAAGGCGGACAAUACAAAAGGAGCAGCCGUCGGAGUUGACGGUCAAAAAAAUACAGGAAAGUACUGUAUGGCAAAUGGAGAAUGAAUUAUAUGAGUUCGCGUUGGAACAGUUCCACUUUAUAAAGAAGCAGAGCAGGAAAAAGAUUCAAAACCUCAUGUACGAAAAAAUCAAACCAAAAAAUUUCUGAUACAACUAUGUAUUAAUUGACGACUUCUUAACUAGAUAUAUUAUUUUUUUAAACCUUUUACGUCCAUUUAUUUUUAUUAUACUCUCGUAUUUUGUUUAACUGCUUAGAAUAAAAAGACCAAACAAACAACAA